AUGACGAGACUUUCCUCGCGCGCACAACUGUCAGAGCAUCAAGUGCAUCCAGACCCAAGCACGACCGAUCCUCUGCUCCCCGCCUCUGCACCCCUCCCCCACCAGGCAACUCCGCUGCACAAAGCACCACGAUGGUGGACGUCCUCCUCGUCCAGCCGAUCCGGUCAUCCCAAUUACGGUCUGCACGGACCGGAACCGAAUAACUGGGCCAAACUGCGUCACCUCUACCGAGAAGAACUCGCCGAAUUCUUUGGCACUUUCCUCAUCCUCAUCUUCGGCGCGGGUGUUGAAUGUCAGGUCAAUUUGCACUAUCAUUCCGCCGCAACUCGAGAUGUAGCUGCGUACGGUAGCUACUUCCAAGGUCGACUUGCAUGGGCAGCAGGUGUAGCGAUGGCGGUUUGGGUGAGCGGUGGGAUCAGUGGUGGACACUGCAAUCCGAGCGUCACCGUUGCACUUGCGCUCUUUCGAGGAUUCCCCUGGAGGAAAGUCGUUCCCUUUAUCAUCGCUCAGACUCUCGGUGCAACUUUCGCAAGUCUGCUCGUCUACGCCAACAACGUCACCAACAUCGAUCGAUUCCAAGGCGCAGGUAUCCGCACCGUCAAGGGACCAGGCAGCACAGCAGGGUUCUUCUUCACCUUGCCCGCCGAGGAACUCUCCUACUCCUCGGCCUUCUACUCCGAGUUCCUGGCUACCGCUAUCUUGCUCUUUGUCGUCUUCGCUCUCGCUGACACGGCCAACCUGAAACCGCCGAAGGGGACGCAGCCGUUCGCAAUGUUCAUCGUACUGCUGGGCAUCGGUGCCAGUCUGGGAUACAAUACGGGAUAUGCGAUCAACGGAGCGAGGGAUACAGGUCCGAGGAUCGCACUUUGGAUGGUCGGGUACGGAAGCGACGUGUGGACUCACGAUGGGUGGUACUGGCUGUGGAAUCCUUGGGUGAGCAGCGUGAUGGGUGGAGCGGCGGGUGCGGCGAUGUACGAUGCAUUCUUGUACACUGGUCAGGAUAGUCCCUUCAACCGCCCCAAGGGCGUAGUGAGGGGUGCGUAUGAGGCGCUCGUUCAGAAUGGAGACGAGGAGGUGUAG